UGUGGCGGCUGCUGCUGCUGCUGUUUGUCGUUUGUGUGGUUUUGCAGCCAGCGAAAGAUAGAGAGGGGAGGGGGGACAAGAGGGGGCGACAAAGUUGUUGGUUGAAAUGAAAGAGGAGUCUGGUGGCAGGAGUGUAGAGGAGGCAGCAUAUGGCUGUAGAAAGAGCACAGCUGGAGGUAGCAUCUCCAUCUGAGGAUGAUGUCAGAGCAGCUGACAGGCUGCCAUCCACCCACCACCCCCUCCCUCGCUGUCUCCCCCCCCCCCUCCCCUUCCCUGGCCCUUUAUUGUGAGGCAGCCUCGGAGAGUUAGUACUCUGUGCAUGUAUGUGUGUGGCAGUUAGUAGCAGGGAAGAGGUGGGAGGUGGUAUCUCAUUCCCCCUCCAACAUCUCCGCCACUUUGCAUCUGUCCCUCGCAGUUUGAACAGCAAGCUUUUUUUUUUUUUUUUUUUUUUUUUUGUCGUCUCCCUCCUCCUCCUCCUCCUGCGUCUUCGCUCGCUACCCACUCACAAGCAAGGCGAGAGAAGGGAAGGACUAGCGGGAGAGAGAGCGCAAGCCACAGAGCUCCAGCUCCUCAGCCACAGUGGACUUAAUCGAGUUGAUGCGUACCGCUGCAGGUUAUGAGGACAGCAGGAUGGAGUUCCCCGACCACAGCCGACAUUUGCUCCAGUGUCUGAGCGAGCAGCGGCACCAGGGCUUCCUGUGCGACUCCACGGUGCUGGUGGGUGAGGCGCAGUUCCGCGCGCACCGCGCCGUCCUGGCGUCGUGCAGCAUGUACUUCCACCUCUUCUACAAGGACCAGCUGGACAAGCGCGACGUGGUGCACCUGAACAGCGACAUCGUGACGGCGCCGGCGUUCUCGCUGCUGCUGGAGUUCAUGUACGAGGGCAAGCUGCGCUUCCAGGACCUGCCCGUGGAAGACGUGCUGGCCGCCGCCUCGUACCUGCACAUGUACGACAUCGUCAAGGUGUGCAAGAAGCGGCUGAAGCGCAAAGCCACGGCCACCGAGGCGGACAGCACGCGGCGGGAGGACGACGGCGCCGGCUCCAGCUGCUCCGACAAGGCCGACAGCCUCUCGGACGGCUCCGUGGGCCGGCCCGCCACCGCCGACCUGAGCGACGAAGAGGACGACGGCAAGACAGAGGUGGGGGCUCUGUGGCUGAGGGCGCCGCCCGCAGAGAGGCCGGGAACGCCCGCCGUCGUCGUACCCGCCAGCCCGUGCCACGGCGAAGCCGACGUCAAACCCACGUCUCCCGCCGGGAGCCCGUCCAGUUCCACCGGCUCUCUUUCCCAGAAGUCGCAGCGCUCGGUGAGCUCGCGAGGCCACCGCGGCAGGGUGUCCAGCGACGCCGCAGACUGCGUCCUGGACUUGUCAGUCAAGCCCACGACUGGUGUCAACCACCAUUCCAACUACUUUGGUGGCAACUCCCCCCCAGAUAGCCUCCAGAGCCCCCUGGCCGUGAGGGUGAAGGUGGAGAGGGGCGCGGCGUCGGACGAGGAUGACGACCUGGCCAGCGGGGACUACGACAUGGAGCACAGCGGCAAAGUGCCGCCGGGGCACCACGGCGUGGGCGGCCCCCUGUCAGCGCAGCGCCGUCUGGGCCUGGAGGCGCACCUCUCGGCUCUGCGCGAGGCCUCGCUGGCGUCCGAGCUGGAGCGGGACGAGAAGCCGCCCGCCGAGGACGUCCCGGCGGAGGCGUCGUCGGGCGGCGUGGACGGCGCCCUGCUGCCGUACGUGUCCAACAUGCUAGCGCCGCCCCACACGCAGAUCUUCAUGUGCCCUCUGUGCAACAAGGUGUUCCCUUCCCCGCACAUCCUCCAGCUACACCUGAGCUCGCACUUCCGCGAGCAGGAGGGGGUGCGCGCCAAGCCGGCCGGCGGCGACGUCAACGUGCCCACGUGCACCAUCUGCAGCAAGACCUUCUCCUGCAUGUACACGCUCAAGCGCCACGAGCGCACGCACUCGGGCGAGAAGCCCUACACGUGCGCCACCUGCGGCAAGAGCUUCCAGUACUCGCACAACCUGAGCCGCCACGCCGUGGUGCACACGCGCGAGAAGCCGCACGCCUGCAAGUGGUGCGAGCGGCGCUUCACGCAGUCGGGAGACCUCUACCGGCACAUCCGCAAGUUCCACUGCGAGCUGGUGAACUCGCUGUCGGUCAAGAGCGAGCCGCUGGCCCUGCCCAACGUCAGGGACUGGGCCAUCGAGGACAGCUCGCAGGAACUCUGGAAGUAGACGCCCGCCCAACGCGUCAAAUUCUUAAGGCGCUGCUUCCCAACCGUCAUUGUGACCAGGCGCAGUUUUUUUCAUGUUGGGAAAAAAAAAAUCUCAAAAUGGCACAAGAAGUAGAGUAAACCCCAGGGGAGAAGGACUGAGAAUACAGAAAAAAAACAAGUAAUUAUUCACCUCCUCUCGAAAAAAUGUUGCCCCUAUUAAUUAGCUCCAACUGCAUAAACAGUGAACCCCCGAUCAUCAUGGCGGAUACAUUCAAGAUCACCGGCAAUUGGUGAAACGUCGCCAUUUUUAAAACGAGCCUUAAAAUAAACCUCCCAAACAUUGCAAUCCAAACUUUUCAAAACUUUUAAACAAUUAAAAAAUAGAUACAUUUCACAGAAAACUGGUAUGUAGUGGAAAUGCAAUAAAGUGAAGAAUUAUUUCGUGAUUGAACUGAGGUACAAAUUUUACAUUUGAAAAGUUUUACAGUACAACUAAGAAAUUUACAAAAAUGAUCUACGAGACUUAAAAAUAAAUAAAUCUCGAUUUACUCUCAAAUUGACCUCAUGUGACAUUUGGGACAUUUAAAUUGAACACAAACCUGCUAUUAUUCGGUUGUACGCAUGGCAACUGGUUAAUUGUACCGUCAGCCAAGUAACGGAAGAGCAUCAAACUGUUCUGACUUUUUUUUUUUAUACGUCGCUGACAUAACAAGGUCAACAAAGAUAUUUGUCAGGAAUAAAUCACAUUUUGGAGAUAAAUGAAGUGAAAAUUGAAUCACUUCCUGCCGCAGCCCCGAUGAGCGAAUAAGUGGAUUACUGGACACCGGAAACUUUGAAAACACAAAACUCCAAAAUACUAUUAUUAUUUUAAAGUCGUUUUAUAAAUGUGAGACUUCAAAAUUUGAGUUAAAAAUGAACGUGAGGUGUAAGCCUUCUUUGCAAACCCUAAUUAAAAAAAAAAAAAAAGUUUAAAAACUUGAUGCACGGUGAGAACUCUCCAUAACAACCCCGACUAAAUUGAACUCCACCCAGACAUGCCGACGUUAACGCAGACACUUAUCUAGCACUCCAACCUACUUCCUUGACAACAAUGACUACUUUGCUAUUAACCUGAACUUUGGUGCUAUCUUCUAGCAGCUUUCAAUGUUCCGGAAAGAGCACAAAACUGCAAAUAUUUUGGCACCAGUUUGAUUGAACUCAGAUCCGAGUCUGCUUUAUGAAUCGCAACAAAUGAACACGCAAGUUUGUCGUACCUCCCUGGCGUUAUUUGUAGACAUCAAAAAAUUAAUUUGGCGGUUGGGAAUCAGCGUUUUAAGAGGACGUGGGCGUCAAAAGUGAGUCUUGCACUUUAAUAGCACAUGAACAUGUUACUACUGACGUUUGGGUUCGGGGUUCCUUUGACUCGCAAUGUCGCAGAAGGUCUCGCUUUUUCCAACUUUUGGUUUUCGUCUCUCAUCUCACGACUCGACGAUACGCUAAACGGGUAUCACCAUACACACUUUGAAGACUCGUGCGCGUGUGUUUGUGCGCGUGUGUUGGGGGAUGGGGAGGGGGGGUGUUUCAGUGGGGGGGGGGGGUAAAUGAAAUGCUCCACUGGCACGGAGGCGCUGUUUGCGUGUUGGCGGUGGUGUGUUCAGGGAGCGACUGACAAAACGAAAUGACGGCACUCAUGCAAUGCACAGCCUCCUUUUAUUAUUAUUAUUUUGUAAUUUUUUUUUAUCAGUUUGAAGUACUUUCUAAUUAUAAUAUUUAACAAAUUAUUACUCAUAGUUUUCUUCAAUCUAGCCGGCAGAUUUUUGUUGAGAGAAUUUUUUUAAAAAGUAUUUAAUUUAAAGGUUGUAAAUUGUUCUGCUAUAGUUUAAAUUCACAUUAUUAUUAUUAUUAAUUUUAUUUUUUACCUGCUGUUGUUGCAUGAUGUCCACACUUGUAUAUUUUUAAGAUUUUUUUUUAAAGACAAUAAUGUGAAUUUGCUGUGUUACUGUACACUGUUAUUGAUCAAAUUUGACUUUUUUAAUUUUUUUUUUUUUUUGUGAAUAUACUACUACUACUACUCCAGGGUGAAGCCAAGCUGACUAUGACUGGUGAUGUGGGGAUAAUGCAUGGAAUAUUGUCUUCUGAUAUUCUUCAGAAUUCUGAUUCUGAAUAUCGUCUUAAAAAGUUGGGAAUUUUGGGGUGGGUAAUGUUGAUGAAGCUUUUGAAGCCGGCGUGUGUGUGUGUGUGUGUGUGUGUGUGUGUGUGUGUGAGAGUGAAGUAAGCACCUUUUUAAGCUGUAAAAGAUGUGAAAAUGUGUGCUGGAAAGAAGCCUUUUAACUCCUAAUUUGCCACUGAAUAUUUUUUGUGAAAAAUACCAUAAAAAUUUAUCAAAAUCAUCUCAAAAGGUAGUAC